AUGGAACUGGUGUAUGGUUCCGAAAUCAGCUUUGUCGACGGGUUUGCCGCCAAACCGGCGCGAACUUUCGUGGUGAAUACCAGUUAGUUUUUGAAACACAUGGAGGAGUAUGUUCUUUGCUUGUUACAGACGCGCCACUUCAUUCUAAUGGAUUCGAUGUGCCACCUUCCGGUGGAGUUGCGACAUUCCCGCAUAGCAGUAAUUAUGCUGACAGAAUCUUCACUUGGUAAGAAUGCGACUGUUUCUUUUACUAUCGAAAUCUGCAGGCGUGCUGUCGGUCAAAAGCUGUUCAUCGAAGAACGUUCUUUGAUAUUUCCAAUUUGCGAUGGAGCUUUGUGCAUUGAUUUCACACGAACUUCUAUUAUUCCGGGAACUUCCAUCACCAUUUUCGAGGAAGGAAUUCUCAGCAUCGUGGUUCCGACGGCGUCGGCUGUUCAUCGGUUCUACGCAAAACUUCACUCCAAAGGACGCGAUGUAUAACAAAUAUUCAUGGACUCCAAAGAUCUUUUAAUUUUUAGACGUUUUCAAUUCUUUCGCGAAUUAAGGAGGAAGAAGAGUUUCGUCGUUUUCACACAACUCAUGCGAUCUCAACCCCAGGACGUCCUAUUCGGUCAAGUUCUACUCAUCAUCCCUACAGAAACACGGUAAACUUUGGAAUUUUAUGGAAAUUAUCAGACUCUAUUUCUUAGAUCUCCUACGUCACCGCUGAAGGUCAAUUGGUGGUAAUCUCUUUGGGGUCUUUCACUGAUUCGAGUGACAAGCACGAGGAAUUCACGAUCGGAGAGCUUGGACUCUUGGGAAAACUUCUCGGUGGAAGAGACACAAGAGUCAGCGAUGCAUGUGUCGUGAGGAAUAACCGCGUGCCGACGAGAUAUUCGAAAGAACGGAAGAACGCGGCGACUUCUGAUAUUGUGAUAGCUGUGACCAGAGACGGAUGGGUCCAGGCGUGGAAUGCCGAUACGAAGAAGCAAUUGCCGAGUACUGUCGACCUGAACCUAUUCUUCGCUUCAGAGGGCAAAAUUUUCAAACAGGCGCAGUUCUCUUCGGAACCGUCUGACGAAAAUCUCGAUGUGGAACCCUCAGACACGUACUAUUCGAUCAAAGCGUAUUCCUUCGACGUCGACACUCUACUUGUGGUCGGCUGUGAUGUAGUAAUUGCUGGGAAAAGUGUCGGAACACGAGUUCACCUUCUGAAAAUGGCAGAAGAUCAGUUAGUUCAUCUGAAAAUGUUCGAAACGACGAUGUCCGCUGACGAGAGACUCGUUGACCUCGAGCUCAUUCAGACUUAUUUCCCAUCGAGUGAGGCGGCACAUGAUCAAUCGCAAGACGAGUAAGUAAAUUCAAUCCACCAUUCCUUAGGCUCUGUUUCAGUGAGGAGUUCAACAGUACAGCUGCAGCUCAGUUCUCGCUGUCCGCUCUGUUCAAGAGCUCAUCGGCGAAGAAGAGUUAUUCGAUCAAACGUGUUUGCUUUGCGAUCGACUGGAAGAAGUCUCUGACGUUCACCCAGUUCGACUGGCACGCAGUCAAACAAUUUACUUCCCCAGCGACUACCAAAGGAGAACCGUCUGCCGAUAAGGACAGAGAAAGCCAUCCGGAGAGACCGUACAAUUUAUCGGCUGACUCGAGCAUCGAAACGCUUGUCGACGUGGUUUUUGACACCGAUUUGUACUCUUUCGAUGUUGUAUUCCGUGCUGUCCAAGUAAUCCGCCAUUUUCAUUGCUCGAAUGCAUAUAAUAUGCUCUCAGAUCGUUUCGGAUAACUACCGUGGUUCGAGUUCCCAAGUGCAUCAUAAUAACUGGUCGGAGCUCUCGAAACUCGUCGAUACAUAUCUCACGUCGAUUGAAUUCAACCGAAAGUUCCAGCAAAAGACGGAUAGAAGCAUAAGGCUGAGACUGAAUGCUCCGCAGGAAAUACAGACGACCGCUUUGAAGGAGUAAGUCUGAACGGCGCUCUUUUAACGUGUUCAAUACCAUUUUUCAGCUUCUGGUGGGCUCUGUUGCGCGCCUGUGAGGAGCUCGACUUUGCUGCUCGCGGAGCCAUCGCCCUCGGACCGAUGCAGUUGGCUGGAGAUCUCAAGAUUAUGGCGGUCGUUCACAAAGACCGAAUGACGGUCCUUGGUGAUAAUAACACCGACUUCCUUGAUAUUAUUAGUUCGGAUAGCAUUCCGAAAUCAGGACUCGAAGAGAAAUACCGGAAAGUUCCAAACAAGCAGUUUGUCGAUCUGAUCGAGGAGGCGUCGGUUUUCGCUGACAGAAGAGUCUACCUGAUGAAUCGGGAGAGAGCGAGAAUUACAAGUGCCAAGCACGGAAUUCCGAUAGUCGACGACGACGGAGUGGAGAAUGCGUACGACUACGAGACGGACGGUCGAUUCAUUACCAUCAAAACUGCACUGGAAGCACCAAUUGUUCAGCUGACCGCUGCAUUCGUUCAAUCGGCCACCUACGACAACUCGAAACCGUUCGGAGAUCCGAAACUUCAAGUGUUCGCUGGCACAUUCACUCAGAGCUUGGUGUCUGCGAACAUUCGAAAGACGGUCGAGUCGAGAGUCUAUUUCGCUCUGACUCUCCAAGCACUUCUCAAUGCCAUCACUGAGGUAAGGAUUACACGUUCUUUACAGUCUCAUCAACCUCUUAGAAACUUCAGAAGAAACUCCGCGCCGGCGCAGCUUCAUUCGGAGACGUUGAAGCACUGUGCUGUGAGCUGAGAGAGAUAAUCCGUGUUUACAGAGAACUCAAUGAACAACUCGAUCUCAAAAUCUACAAGUAACUGAUAAUCAAAUGUUUCUCAGCUUAAGUUAAUUGUUAACAGGAACGGAGCAAAAAUGAGCAUCGGAACUUGGUUGACAUCGGACACUGAAGGCCUUCUGUUGAUGAAAAGAGAAGGCGGAUACGGACCGAACGGAUACGACGAGAUCUGCGAAAACGAUUUCAACUGGUUCGUCGGAGUGGUCACUGACGCGGCAGUCCGAGCUCUUCUCACCUCUUCCGAAGUGCUCGUUCUUUUCCGCCGUCUCGUUAUGCAGAAACAGUUCAAAGUGCUGCUAACCAUCCUCAAUUCCUACAUCAGCGAGACUCGUGCUCUGAAACCAGCAAUCACAUUCUAUCGUGGAAUAGCUUACUCUGGAACUGAUCAUCCAGUCAAAGUACGUUGGCUUCACAUUGAUUCGAGCCUGUUAAUUGCUUAUUUUUUCAGGCCCUCAACGCGUUUCAAUCUUGUUUGGAUGCAUUCGCCGACGGUAAUGUGGCUCUCCGGAAGGCGGUAUACUAUCUCCUUCCGAAAAGAAUCAAUGUUCCCCGAGGAACUGACCCGAUUGACGUGAUAGGAACAUCGGAGUACUUCCUGACCGUAGUCCGUUUCCUGCAAGAACACGGACACGCGGAGGAAGUUUGUUCCGUUGCGAUGAAGGCCAUCGAAAGCCUUCCGAUAGAAAACGAAAGUGUGCAGCUCAUUUCAAACACACUGUUCAAUCACUUGACGAACCGCCGCGAAUGGUUCCAGGCUCUCAAGCUGAUUCUGAGAACGACGUUACGUGCGGAGACCAGAAGAGCAUCUAUCUGUGAACUGCUCACACUGAUGCUUGCCGUCGGAGAGUGGGAGUCGAUAGCGACGAUGAAGUUCGGAGUUCAUGAGCUGAUCGUUGAGGACUUCCUGAGAGACGUGGCCAGUCGUCAGUCACCAACCGAGAAAAAACACCACUUUGAACUGCUUUUCGCAUUUUAUAUGGCCCGAAAGGACUUCAGAAAGGCGGCAAGCGCAAUGUACGAAUAUGCCAGGCAUAUCGAAACGGCGGCCUGCAUGACACCCGAGCUCCUUCGUAGAAGACGUGACUGUCUGGCUUCUGUACUCAAUCUGCAGUCCGUGCUCAGUAUAGAACCAGAGGGUAUUAAACGGAGACCGUUCGUUUCAACUUUUUUUUAUUUUUAGAGGACAGACCAAUCUACGACGAUUACACCGAUACGAACCUCGUGUUUCCGAAGCCAUGUGAUGAAGAAGACGAUCAAACUGUAGAGGCGGAUAAUUCUGGCGGAAGCCUUCAGAAAAUACCCGCCGUUCAAAAGCUUCCAGAAUCGAUUACCGACAGUUCCGUUUCCUCUCCGGAAACAGAUUCCGGGGGCUCACACACACCGUCUUCUUCCGAAAGCGUCGAUCUUGAGGCUUUGAAGGCUCAGCAAAUGACAUUCGCGACGGGUGAGCAGAUGGAAACAGAUGAGAGCGAAUCGCCAAAAAAAGAGAGACCACCACUGAGCAAGAGAAGAAAGCUGCUAGUGCUGACAGAGAAGGAGUCAGUUUUUUUAAAAUCAAAAAUCGACCGUAAAGAGUGUAUUAUUCUUCAGUAUUCGCGCCGAAUGGGUUCUGUGCUCUGCUCGCGUUGCACUGCUCUCUUCCGAUCAGUUCAAAGGAAUCCCACCGAUCGAUCCGGCCGAGCUGUUCUCUCUUCUUGUCGACACAAUGUUCUUUGAUGAAGCCUUCGAUAUUGCCAGGUUAGUUUCAACAUCCAAACAGAUUAUGUUCAACCUCCGCUUUCAGACAGUUCACUUUGGAUUCUCGAACGCUGUUCUUUGCCGCGACUCGCGAGGCCAUCAUGAUCGAUGCUCUCCGCGACGAUUUGAACAUCGAGAUGGCGGCCACCCAACAAGCCGGGUGGGUCCGUCUCAACAGAAGACACUGUAUGGCUGUCGCCACUGCCGAGGAUCACUGGGCAGUUGUCAGAGGGCUUGUGAAUGCAGCACACGCCGAAUGGCCCGGAGACUCACGACCACUUCGAGGAGCCGCCGAGGCAUUUUUGAGCCACAAACUGAAUGUUCCCUACUGGCUGCACAGCAUUUAUGAGGUUUGUGGGAUUCUAUUCCGAUUUUUCGAAACCGUUUCUGUCAGAAUCACGACGCGAAUGACUACAUCCGAUGCCUCGUUGAUUACGAAAAUUAUUCGACUGCCCUGCAAGUUCUUGGAGAACUCGUCGAGCGAGAGACACUUCAGGCUGCUCAGCCGAGGAGCCGAACAUGGCUUCCGUACGGAGUCAUCGACGAGCUGAUGAUCAGAAGUGCAGAUUUCGUGCGAAAGCUGAACGUCAUGACGCCAGAAGAUCAAGUACUGGCUGCCGAAGUAGCGACUCUGAGAAAGAACGUCGACGGGAAAAUGGUGGUCUACUUCCGGAAAGUGGCUGACUUCGAGCAGGCGCAGCGGAUGGCUAGUCGCUUCUUCAAUAAAUGA